AGCCGCGACUUCUCGCCGCUCGACAUCCUGCUGGGCGGCUUCGUGAACGGGAGCCUGGAGUUCACGCCGGGCGAGUACCAGGACUACUCGUCGACGAACUACAUCCUCCUCGGCUUGGUCGCGGCGCGGUACGACGCGCCCGACGUCACAGAUCCCUACGAAGCCUGGAAGGCCUUCGACCAGGCCGCCGCGGCCAAGGGCACGCUCUCCAAGGCGUCGAAAUUCGUCGACGCGGGCCCCUGCGACGCGUUCACGCCCGUCAAGGGCUUCAUGGAGCGGCGCCGGGGCCCCACGAUCGAGGUCUCGGACGUCUCCUGCGUCGGCGGGUGGUCCGCGGGCAACCUCGUGGGCCCGGUCCGCGACGUCGCCAAGUUCACGCAGGCGCUCUACGGCCUCGAGGGCAUCGUCACGAACGCGUCGCUGGCCGACAUGACCUACUGGGGCGAUGGCCGCUUCGCGUGGUACGGCGCGGGCACCUUCGACCUCGCGUUCUCCGUCGGCGGCAACGUCAGGGCCGUGGGCCACGUCGGCGACACCUACGGCUACCAGUCCCAGGCGACCUACUUCCCGGACUACGGCUUCACGCUGGCCGUCGCGACGAACGCGGAGAUGGAGGCCCAGGCGCAGCCGGGCGACGCGACGUGCGUCGGCUUCCACGCCGUCCUCGCCGCGCUCGGCCUCGGGCCGCGGCUCGAGUGCGCCUUCGUCGUGCCCCGGGGCCGCCGCUUCAUGGGCACCUGCGAGCCGCCGUUUGGCGCCGGGCCCGACCAGCCCAUCUUCUUCCGCGACCGCGGCGAGAAGUGCAAGACCGUCGUCCCGCGGAACGUGCGGCCCGGCCAGCGCUUCCGCGUGAAGCGGAGCGAGUGCCUCCUCCGCAAAAAGGAGCGGCCGAGGACCGCGCAGGCCGCGCUCAGAACACGGCGGCCCGACGGCGUGCCCGAGCUGAAGACGACGGAGCUGGACGCGCACGCCAAGUCGACGCAGGCCAUGAUGGACCUCAUGAUGCCGCGGUCGCUCCGCCGGUCCGUUACUCGGCCGGAGAUCACGCCGGCGGACCGCGCGCUCAUCACGGCGUACCAGGCGCGCCAGCGCGCGGGCAAGUGCCAGGACGAGGGCUUCUGGAAGCAGCAGGGCUUCCGCGCCGCCGGCGACCCCGACGCGUUGACGGCCGAGAAGAAGAAGGACUACGGCUACGGCGCGCCCAAGUGGUCGCCCUACUACCGCCAGCUCGAGCCCGACAAGGUCCGGUCCAAGGAGGCCCAGGAGCGCUCCACGAAGGCGCUCGGCGAUCAGGCCUGGUGGGAGCAGUACGGCUUCAAGGGCUCCAUGUCCGAGGAGAAGAAGCGCGACUACGGCAACGGCGUGCCCGGCUGGAGCCCCUACCACCGCUCCGACGAGCUCAAGCCCGGCGAGAAGCCGGGCGAGAAGACGGGCCUGCCCGCCGACGCCUUCUGGUUCCAGCAGUGGGGCUUCCGCACCGGCGCCGUCUCCGAGGAGAAGCGCCGCGACUACGGCUACGGCCUCAUGGGCGCGUCGCUGUCGCGGCGCGGGGCGUCGCCCGUCGAGGGCGCGCCCGAGGCCCCCGAGGCCACCAAGCGCCCCCGCGCGGCCUCGAAGGAGGAGGUGCAGUUCACGCGCGUUCUCGAGCACGGCCACAACGUCUCCGCGAUCCUCGCCUUCGCGGGCUACCGAAACGUGCUCACCCUCGAGGCGCUCUGCCCGCGCGCGCGGCGCCUGAUCCGCGGCGCGCGCGUGGAGCUCGACGUGUCCAACGAGACGAACCUCCUCGUGGCCGUCAAGGCCGCGGCGCGCGCCGAGCUCUUCGAGGCGCGGCGCUCGGGCGCGAGCGGCGCCAAGACGCACUACAAGUUCGUCUUCGACGACUGCCGGGCCCGCGCCAGCGACAUCGUCUACCGCGACGACCGCGCGCUGCUGCUCUCCCCUCGCGCCCGUGCUCCGGCGCUGGUAGAAGGAUUCCGAGGCGCGGAUGUCGACGCGGCGCGGUCGGCGUGCGCCAUCGCCGCCAAGGAGCGUCGGCGCGCGGCGCUGCUGGCCAUCGGCUACUUCGAGGAGCGGGUCCACACGCUCGCUGCGGGCGACGAGAUCGACUUCGCCGAGGGUGGCGACCCCGACCCACCUGGGCUGAGCCCGCUCGCGUGGCUCCGCGGCAGCGUUGUUUCAGUCGACUUCAAGACCAAGAAGGCCGUCGUCCGCGUCGGCGAAGAGGAAAAGGAGGCCUUCUUCGGUCCUUUCAUCACUCUGGCGGCCGUCGAGUCGAACGGCGUCGACAUCUGA